CUCCGUCACCUACAGCGCUCCUGUCGGCGUGUCUAUACGCGCAUGAUCGAAUCCAUUCCGUCCCAUCGUCGCGACCCCUCUUCGCCCUCGUUGGGCACCAAUACCCGAAAAUCCUCGUCGUCGUCGUCAUAUUAAAAACCGGGGCCUAUCCGCCCAGCUCAGAGCACCAUGGAGUCCGAGGCCUCCUCCGCCCGAAUCCCCACCCUCCCUCCGCUCGACAUACCGAAGAAGCCCGACGUCGUGUCGCGCCCCAGGGCCGACUCGAAGCCGAAGCCGAGGUCCGCCGUCGACCCCGUCCUGCGCAACGCCCUGCGCUACACCAUCUCCGCUCGCGAGUACGAGACUCUCCACAAAUAUGUAUUGUCACGAUCUCGUCUGCUUCGGAGGAACGUGCCGAGCGUGAGCACCGUCGAGAGGUACAUAGACGGCAGCAACGGCACGCGAAGAGCGUCCGCCGCCGACAAGGAUGCCGCUAGGGGCAAGGGCAAGGAGAAGGCGACGGCUGUCGUCACCCCCAACAAAGGAGACAGCUACAAUGCGCGUGCUAUCAGAGACUCUCUGCGUGUGUUCAUUGCCACCGGUAUAGGGAUAAGGGUCUACGAAGCUGUCCUCUCCAAGAUUAAGGCGCAGAAGGGGGCCGCUACCGCCAAUAGCAAGCAGUCCUUUUAUAAGUCCUCGGGGCUCCGCCUCUCGCUAUCCCUAUCCACCAUCCUGCUGCUCUACCGUCUCCUCUUCCGCUUUCUCAGCCGGCUUCGCACGCACCUGCUGGACCCAGCCGCCGCACCCUUCCGGAACCGCAAUCCUAAAACUGCCCAGACGCUCACGUCCCCGUACGCGCCCGCGGUCGGUGCCAGUCUCGCAGGCCUCGCUCUGGGCAUAUAUCCCUCCCAGCAACUGCGCGUGACCGUAGCCAUAGCAGCCAUAUUCCGGGCCCUCGAGUUUGGCUGGAACCUCUGCGAGGAUCAAGGCCUGAUCUGGGGCUGGAAGGCCCGGCCAGGUGGGAAGGGGAUGGUGAAGCGGGAGCGGCCGUGGUGGUGGGGAAGCUGGAUGCUCCAGCCGCUGGCGUUUGGCCAGCUGCUGCACGCGACCGUCUUCGACAGAGAAUCCUCGCCGAUUGGCAUGGUCGACAUGAUCUGGAAGAACACUUCUUCCUAUCUCCACAGCGCUCCGGCCAACCUGCCUGCUGGCGUCAACUGGCCCAGCGCGUGGGAAAUCGCCGACAACUUGGCCCAGAUGGCGAAGCUUAACUGGCCGCCCUUCACCUCCCCAGCGCUGUUUCCUGACCAGCCCACGUUACCCCCGUCUCUAACCGCCGUCUCGCCUCUGACGGCGCGAGCUCAUCCCCUCAUCGCGUCGCUGAGCUGCGCUACGCUGCAUCCGUCAGAUCCGUCCUGUCUCCGUACCUAUCUUACCUUCUGGGUACGGUCGUUCCCGCGGAUCGGCCGCUUCUUCCUGCUAUUCUAUUCCAUGCUUAUGCUGCCACGUUAUAAGUGGCUGUACAACUCGCCGCUGUACUUCGUCAACCGCUUGCUUUCCCAGACGCUCCGGCUCACGACAUUUGCCACGGGCGCCAUCUCGACGGCGUGGGCCAGCAUCUGCUUCUUCCAGACCUGGUUCCCUCGGACGUUCUUGCCCACGCAGCGCUUCUUCCUCGGCGGAUUCUUGGCCGGCCUGUGGGCCUGGGUCAACCGCCGAGAGGGCAGGGGCGUGUUCCUGUACAGUGCCCGGACUAGCGUCGACUCGUUCUGGAAGGUAGGCGUCAAGCGCCGAUGGUGGAGAGCCAUGAAGGGCGGCGACGUCUGGGUAUUCGUGCUCGCGCUCGCCAUCACCGGCGCCGUGUACGAGAGGGAUGCACGAGCUAUCCGCGAGAGCCGCGUCCGGAAGGGCAUCAGCUGGGUCAGGGGCACCGAGUUUAGAGACUGGGGCAUCGAGGAAGAGGAAGAAGAAGUGGAGGAUGGCUCUUCCAGGGAAGAGUAGCCCCCCUUAAGAUUUCAUCUUCUCCGAUAGAUGGCUGAGUAGCCGUGGUGACGUGUGAUGAGGAAUGACGCAUGAAUAACCCCCUUUUUUCGCUGAACAUACCUACUGUAUUAAUGGUAAUCUUAACACCCCCUUAAACUCUCCAAGUUGGCAGAGAUGUAGGUAUACAGCCAGUCAUCUAGGCAUGGUCGAGCGUGUAACAUAUAAUGGUCGCGGCAGGUCAGGAGGGCGCUCACAGGAGAAGACAUAGGAAUAGCAAAGUUACCGUUUUUGGAAUUACAACUCUGUAAGG